GCUUUCCCAGCGCAGCUGAAGAUGUCCAGGAAGCCGGGCGGCUUUUUGCAGGAGGCUUCUCACCAGAUCACGGCCGGCGGCUCAGCGGGACCAGGGCCCAGGGAGAUAAAGAUGAAAAGAGAGCUGAAUCUUAAUUAUUUUAAGGUCUUGUAGAAAUUUGCCUCAUGCACCCUCUUGAUGUAGUGAAAACCAGGUUCCAGAUUCAAAGAGGGAAAACUGAUCCAACCAGUUACAAGAGCUUGGGGGACAGUUUUAGGACUAUUUUCCGGACUGAAGGAUUGUUUGGUUUCUACAAAGGCAUACUCCCUCCUAUCAUGGCCGAAACACCCAAAAGGGCAGUGAAGUUUUUCACCUUUGAACAAUACAAGAAAUUACUAGGACAUGCUUCACUAUCACCAGGAUUGACGUUUGCUGUUGCUGGUCUGGGAUCUGGAUUAACAGAAGCGGUUGUGGUUAACCCUUUUGAAGUAGUAAAGGUUAGCUUACAGGCAAAUCGGAAUGCUUUCACAGAGCAACCAUCAACCUUUGUCCAAGCACGGCGAAUUAUUACAACUGAGGGCUUAGGAUUCCGUGGACUCAACAAAGGCCUCACUGCAACAUUGGGCCGCCAUGGAGUUUUUAAUAUGGUUUACUUUGGAUUCUACUUCAACGUCAAAAACAUUAUUCCAGUCAAUGAGGAGCCAACUUUGGAGUUCUUGAGAAAAUUUGGAAUUGGGCUAGUCUCAGGGACAAUAGCCUCAAUUAUUAAUAUCCCUUUUGAUGUUGCAAAAAGUAGGAUUCAAGGGCCACAGCCAGAGCCUGGAGAGAUCAAGUACAGAACCUGUUUUAAAACUAUGGCAACAGUCUAUAAAGAAGAAGGGUUUUUGGCUUUGUACAAAGGGUUGGUUCCCAAGAUCAUGAGGCUUGGCCCAGGUGGUGCAGUGAUGCUUUUGGUUUAUGAAUAUGCUUAUGCAUGGCUUCAGGAGAACUGGUGAUCAGAAGUACUGCUUCUAAAACAAUGUACUAUUUGAAAUUAUGUACCUGAUAUGUAACAUGUUAUGAUAUAAAGGACAUGAGUAAAGCAAAAUAUAAGAGGCACUCUUGCUACAGUUCUCUUUGAUAGGAAUGAGAGUUGAAGGCACUCAUCAGUUUGCAGGAUUGAGCCCUAUGGCCCUGAUCCAGCAGCGCAUUUUGGCACAGGCUUAGCUUUAAGCACUGAUGUGCUCCUUUGCUUUGCUGAAUCAGGCCCCUAGUGAUCAAGAAAAAAUGGUAACAUGGGAACAAGUUAAUUUCUCAAGAACAAACUAAAUGUAAUGGACAGUAAAUUAUGUCAUUUAGUAAAUGCAUCAAUUUUUUAACUAGUGGUUGUUAAAAUGUCAGGUUAAGUUUCUUGAUAGGUGAACUCAGCAGGAAAAGUUCAUUAAUCAUGAGGAGGCCAAAUCCUACGCUGGUAUAAAUUGUCAUGGCGCCAUUGACUUUCAGGUUGAGGACCUGGCCCAUGCUUUGCAAAUCUGAAGUAAAUCCUGGGUCUGAUCAUACCGUUCUAACACAGUAUGGGAGUGAUGCUUGGAAAAGGAUGGCUGGAUUGCCCCCAUACCUCAAAUAAUACCUACUGCCAAACAUUCUGCAUAGUCUCAGGUUUCAGAGUAGCAGCCGUGUUAGUCUGUAUCCGCAAAAAGAACAGGAGUACUUGUGGCACCUUAGAGACUAAC